AUGUCGUUGACUGAUCUAGUGGCUUCUGUAGCUUCCAAUGAAGCCACGGAGGAAACGAAGACUGGAGGGGAGCAGGCACCUAUUUUGGGAGCAGAUGUACCAGUAUCGUCACUAGAGAUGAGGACUCUAUGUCCCGAAACAUUCUUAUAUGGGGAACUGGCCAGGUUGCAUUUAGGCGAAAGGGCAGAGAUUGUUGCAUUGAUGCUUUUGAAUAAAGGCCGAUUGACGGUUUCGGAGUUGUCCCAGGGUAUUCCAGAGCUGUCUACCAAGAGUAUUAAAACUAUUUUGGUUAGUUUGAUCCAAUUGAGAUGCGUGAUGUAUCUGGAGGAAAAGUCGAUGUCUGGGCGUCAGAUGACGUACUACUACUUUAAUCGGGAGGGUUUUCAGUUGAUGCUGUAUGCUGGGGAUAUUGUUUCAGUUAUAGAAUCAUAUUUUGAAGAUGAGAGUGCGCGGAUCAUCGCGGUGCAGAUUGUUCAGAACGUACUUGCAUUGGGCUCCCUAGCGACAAAAGAUUACUUGAGCUCCAUGAAUAUGCCCGGCGUUCAUGUUUCUGAAAUUGUUGCGAUGUUUGUGAAGCUGGUAGAACUCGGUUUUCUUGUUCCGUUGUCAGCGGUGCAUUAUACACCUGUUGGAGACCUGUGGAGUGUUCUUUAUAAAAGAGAAUAUAAUGCAAUUCCGAAGACUUCAGUGCUUUCUGACGCAAAAAAGCGAGCGGAAGCGAAGGCGAAGACAAAGCAACAUUUUAGCAAGAUCCUGAAGAGCACUGAAUUCCGCUCUGUGUUGACUACAGAUCCGCAAACGUCUCUAAGAAAGGUGAAGGAAACAGUCCCGCUUACUUUUGACUUACAGCGUUAUAUGAAGAACAGGCGCUCAAGGCAUUUAGUCCAGCUUGCAAAAUCCCGGGUUGGAACUGUCCCAUCAAUAAUCUAUCAAACUGCAUUAAAAAUUACUGAAUUGCAUUCUCCUUCACUAUUUGAUCCUUUGUGCAAGACAGGUCUUCUACAGGAGCUAGAAGAGAAGAUAUCCAUUGAAGAAGAUAGAAAUCUUGAUGAUGAGAAAUUACCAGGAGUGACAUUUAAUGCGGUAGAUAUCUCUAGACACCUGCCUGAUAUAGAUCUACGUGGGUCAUUGGUAUCUGAACAGAGAACCUCUAAGAGGCCAACGCAGCAGUCUGAACCGCAGAAAAGAAUGAAGACUGAGGACGGCUUUGUCGUACCUCAAAAUCCUCUGCCACCUGUGCUUGAAGAAGCAGAAGAUUACGAUGAAGAUCAAAAUGAGUUGUUGAUGGCUGACGACAGUGCGUUAGAACCAAGAUCACUGGAACUCAUAAAUGGCCAUUUAAAACUGUUAGCUACAGCAUCUAUCCCCUUUUUGAUUGAGUCGAAGCCUGGUCUUUACUUUGUUCCAUAUUCCAAGAUUAUACCUUUGCUAAAGACAGCUGUAUACGAUUGCAUUAUUGCUUCAACUGUUGGUCCAUCUGCACAUAGGAUCCUACGUUGUGUACGGGACAAUAAUCUAGUUUCUGAAAAGGUAAUCAAUAAUACUGCUUUAAUGAAAGAAAGAGAUAUUAGGUCUGUUGUUGCAACACUUGUCAGAUACAAUGCCCUGGAAAUUGUGGAAGUACCGCGUACUGUAGAUAGAGCUGCAUCCAGGGCUGUGUUCUUAUUUAGAAUACAUGAGCAGCAUGCUUUUGAUUUCAUGAAGCAAAACUUAACUUGGAACAUUGCAAAUUCUAUUCAUAAAAUAGAGAUUCUUAAGGAAGAGAAUGCUACUUUACUAAAAAAGGCUCAGAGAGAGGACGUUAAGGGUAAAGAGGCUGAGCUACUGCUGCCUACGGAGUUAAACCAACUGAAGUUGGUUAAUGAACGUGAACUAAACAGUUACGCAAGAAGAAUCAGGCUUUUAUCUUUAUGGGAAGUAUUUACAAUGUUCUGA